GAAUAUUGCUUCUGGUAAAGUCAAAUGAUGCAGUAGGAAUGGUUUAAGAAGAGGGAACUUCAGUCAGCAAAUAAUUAGGUUUUUAAAACAAGCUCAAGGGAAAACGAAAACCUUCCAUCAGUCUCGUGUUUGUAAAAGUUGUCAGAAAUCCUGCUUUUAUUGUAACAGCUUUACAGCUAUAUGUUAGAAUAACUAAAACAUCUGUUUAGCAACAUUGUGAAAUCCUCAUGCUCCGAACUCUUGAUAAAGGGGACUGCUGAGUGAUUGGCUCGUAGAGACUUUACAGGCAGCAGGAGCUGUAAAUAGAGUGGUCACUGCUUGCCUUCCCUCGGUCUGGUCAGAAGGAAGUGCAAAAGACAGCUUUUUACAUGAGUGUGUGAUAUUCCUUGGAGAGGGAGAGAGCAAGCAGUGCCUAGGAAAUGGUUCACGGCAGAAAACUGAAGUUCUAAAUAGAAGAGAGGAGAAGGAGAGCUGAUGGAUGCAGCUUCUGAGUAGUUGAGCUCCUGAUAAAACGGCAGCAGAGCAAAACCAGACUUCUUUGAGAGUGAGCACAUCCCAUCCUAUCCUGAUGGAAGGGGAGACAGUACCAGAGACCAGGAGAGCAGCCAACAAAGCCACUCGGAUCGCCCUCGGUGUGUUCGUGGCUGGCACCAUUGCGCUUGCCACUGCACUUUUCUUGGUUAGCCAAGGUCUUAUAAGGUUUCACCCGAAGCAACAAUACUGUUUGACUUCAGAAUGCAUUGAAGCUGCUGCUGCUAUCUUAAGCAAGAUAAAUCAGUCUGUAGAUCCUUGCGAGAACUUUUAUCAAUUUGCAUGUGAUGGCUGGAUAUAUAAUAACCCCAUUCCUGAAGACAUGUCGAACUAUGGCGUUUAUCCUUGGCUGCGGCACAAUGUGGACCUCAAACUAAAGGCAUUACUUGAGAAACCAAUCAGCAAAAGACAGGACAGUGAAGCUGUACAGAAGGCCAAGAUCCUUUAUGCAUCCUGUAUGAAUGAGAAUAAAAUUGAAAAAGCCGAUGUGAAACCACUGCUAAGCAUACUGAGGCACUCCCCUUUCCGCUGGCCUGUGCUGGAAUCCAACAUUGGACCUGAGGGGCUGUGGUCAGAGAGGAGGUUUAGCUUAGUCCAGACCCUGGCAACUCUUCGUGGUCAAUACAGUAACUCUGUCUUCAUCCGUUUAUAUGUGGCUGCUGAUGACAAAAUCUCCAACCGGUAUAUCCUGAAGCUAGAUCAAGCGAGCCUCUCUCUUUCAUCUCGAGAGGAUUACCUAGAAAACACCACAGAAGCUAAAUCUUACCGAGAUGCCUUUUUGCAGUUCAUGGUUGAUACAGCAGUGCUUCUGGGAGCAAAUGCUUCACGAGCCGAGUCCGAUAUGAAGUCAGUUCUAAAGCUGGAAGUUAAAAUAGCUGAGAUCAUGAUUCCAUAUGAAAAUCGAACAAGCGAGGUGAUGUACAAUAAAAUGAACAUAUCGGAGCUUAGUGCCAUGAUUCCACAGUUUGACUGGCUGGGAUACAUCAAGAAAGUGAUUGACACCAGACUCUACCCUGAGCUCAAAGACAUAGGUCCUUCAGAAAAUGUGAUUGUCCGUGUUCCCCAGUACUUCAAAGAUUUAUUCAGGAUACUUGAAAAUGAAAGGAAAAAGACUCUUGCCAACUAUCUGGUGUGGAGGAUGGUUUAUUCAAGGUUAUUUAACCUCAGUAGACGUUUUCAGUAUCGAUGGCUGGAAUUUUCUCGGGUGAUCCAUGGAACAACAUCUUUGCUGCCUCAGUGGGAUAAAUGUGUGGACUUUGUUGAAAGUGCACUCCCUUAUGUUGUUGGUAAGAUGUUUGUGAAUGCCCAUUUUCAAGAAGACAAAAAAGAGAUGAUGGAGGAGUUGACUGAAGGAAUACGCUGGGCUUUUAUCGACAUGUUGGAAAAGGAAAAUGACUGGAUGGACUCUGAAACAAAAAGAAAAGCUUAUGAGAAGGCCAAAGCAGUUAUGGCAAAAGUGGGUUAUCCCCAGUUUAUAAUGAAUGACACAUAUAUUAAUGAAGACAUCAAAACACUGAAAUUUACAGAAAGUGACUAUUUUGGCAAUGUAUUACAAACUCGCAAAUACGCAGCCCAGUCUGAUUUCUACUGGCUUAGAAAAGAAGUUCCAAAAACAGAGUGGUUUACCAGCCCAACUACUGUCAAUGCUUUUUAUAGUGCAUCUACCAAUCAAAUUAGAUUCCCAGCAGGAGAACUUCAAAAGCCUUUCUUUUGGGGAACAGAGUAUCCUAGGUCACUAAGCUAUGGUGCUAUAGGAGUAAUUGUUGGCCACGAGUUUACUCAUGGAUUUGAUAAUAAUGGUCGGAAAUAUGAUAAAAAUGGAAAUUUAGACCCAUGGUGGACAACUGGCUCUGAAGAAAAAUUUAAAGAGAAGACAAAAUGCAUGAUUAAUCAAUACAGCAGUUACUACUGGAAGAGAGCUGGCUUACAUGUGAAUGGCAAGAGGACUUUGGCAGAAAACAUUGCAGAUAAUGGAGGUUUGCGAGAGGCUUUCAGAGCAUACAGGAGAUGGAUUAGAGAAAAGAGAGGAGGAGAAGAAGAACCUUUACUGCCAGGCCUUGACUUCACACACAACCAGCUUUUCUUUCUGAGUUAUGCCCAUGUAAGAUGCAACUCCUUUAGAUCAGAAUCGGCAAGAGAACAAGUAUAUGCUGGAGCUCACAGCCCUCCUAUGUUCAGAGUUAUUGGUGCCAUGAGCAACUUUGAAGAGUUCCGUAAAGCUUUCAACUGCCCAGUAAAUACGAAUAUGAACCGAGGGGCAGAAUCCUGCCGGCUGUGGUAGACAUCCCAUCCAGGUCUUUUGUCAACAGGGGUCUGCAAUGUGAACUGCUGCAGCUGAGCUCUUGCCCACCACUAGAGUUUCAGAAUAAUGUUCUGCAAUCUGGAGAGGUGUUACUUCAAAUGCAUCCAUAUGGAUGAACUAUAUGAACACUCCUUUUAUCCAUAAAACUCCUCCUGUUCAUCUGCAGUUGCACUGCCAUUGAUGGAUAACUGUCAUUAUCAAUUCUAAUUCCUGAUUUAUGUGUGAGCAAGAAGUAAAUGCUAAAAUCCAGUUUUAAUCUAUUGCUCUGCAGGGGUGCUAUGCAGAAUGCUCACAUACAAAAUUUGUUCUUUUUGGAUGAAGAAAUUCAUGAGACCUGCUAUAAAGCCAGCUCUGAUCUGCUGUGUUAUACAGCAUUUUCAUAAGUUAAACUGUCACUGCCCAGCACGCCAUAAAUGAUGUUGCAUGAUGUAAAGGCAGAAGACUUUAUAUAAAUUUGGUUUAAUAUGUCAGAUUAGUGCCUUAGGUAUUGGAACAGCUUCAAGCUGAGAAAGCACCUCAUGGUUUCCAUCUGCUAGGACUAAAUAGAAAGGAUACUUGUCAGAUCCCGUCCUUUUCUAAUUUUAGAACAGCUUAUGACAAAAAUCAAUGUAUGGUGAAAAAAACAGAGGCUUGUAGAGGGAUUUCCCAGCACCAUGAUACCCAGAUUUAUUAUAGCACUGAUUCCUGUUUAAAGUGUGGGCAGUUUUUUUCCCCAUGGGCUGAAUUUUACAUUGUGCUGAAGAGGGUUUCACCUACAUUUAUUUUUAGUCCUGAAAUACUACACCAGUUUUGAGUAUGUGUUAGCGUCUGAGACUUACAGAAGAAUAUAAGUAGUGUACAUGUUUGUCCUCAUGUUCCAAACAGGGCAAGAUUACCUGUAGUUUUAAGGAAAGAAGAAUAUAUGACUUAAAAACAGAGUGCCAGAAGCAUUUGACUUGUCUGGGUCAAAAGACAAGUUUAGAAAUAGUGGACUAUUAAAUACAGCAUAUACACAGGCCAUUUGAGUUUUAUCUGAUUUCUAACAAUAUUAAAUAAAAAUAAAAUAAAAUUUAAUAGCAGAAAAUAUUUAACACAAAAUUAUUAGUAAGGGGGGAAGAAAACUAAGAUAGCCCUUUCUUCCCUAACAGAAAUAUACAUAUUUAACUGGUAUUUAUUUAUACCCUGUGCAUUAAUUCAUUUUUGGAUAGUGGAAUCAUUUUAAAUGGAGAGAGAGCUUCUUUACAUUGAUUUAAUUACUGCAAAUCUAUAUGUCUGUGUAUAUACUUAUAUAUAUAUACAAAAAAUAUAGAUUUUUCUAUUAAUUUGUUUAAUUUUUAUUUUAUCAGUAUAUAAAUAUUAGCAAGAUAAUUUUUUUUACAAGGAUUGAUCAAAUAUUUUCUAACAGUCAAGGUGGAUGAAGGUUCAACUGAAGAUAAGUUUUUGCAAAUGGGGUUAGUUUCCUGUGUCUCUAUAAAGAAGUGAGACAUUAUGGAAACAUACUUCAGAAAAGAAAAUAGAUCCUCAAACUACCUUUCAGAGUGAAGGAAGCUGAGUUCUUAAGCUUAAGUCAUUGUUGCCACAUUCAUAAAAUUAUGUUUUAUGGGCUAGGAUUUUCUUCUUUUAAUUUUCUCCUGAAGUAAAUCAUUUUUUUUUCUUAAGAGCAAAUGCACUUUUCUUCCUUUGAGCCAGCUCUUAGUUCUAUGGAACAUAGUUUAUUCUUUGAGUUGACACUACCAUUUUUUUUUCCAAUUGAUAUUUUUCACACAAACUAUUUAGAUGACAGUAUUUUCAUAAGAACUUUCCUCAGACAAGUAGGAAUGGCUCUUGAGCAAAGUCACAGGGUUUGCCUACUAAUGGGAAUGUUCCUCAGCAAAUUGAGCGCUGUCCUGAUUUCAUUCCUGUUCUCAUACAAGUACUGAGACAACUUGAUGUUGGCUGCUUUCAAUCAACAGCACAAAGUUCAGGGGUGAAAUCCUGGCCUCAUUAUAGGUAGUACCAGUACGGUCAUUGUCCUCAAAGAAGUCAGAACAGCGACUCAAACACUUAUCUAAACUUUCUAAGUUUCUGGCCUAGGCAAGAAUGUUUUCACAACAGUCAGCUUGGAGUUUUCUAAUUUUAUCUCUUGGGUCAGAGAUGCAUUUGAAAGAAUUUCUCUCUCAUGGCUAUUUUCCAGUGGGACAGAUGCUGUCAUUUUGUAUUUUGGGGGGGCGGGUUCUAACUCUCUACUGGAUAGUGAUUUCUUCUAAAAUGACUUAUGUCACCCUUGCUAGGCUCAUGGCUUUCAUGUUUAAUACCAAAGACUUUUGAAUUGUGCAAUGGAUAUUCCCAAUAGCACAGCUACCACUGCAAAACCAUCUCAUCCUUGCUAGGGCAGACACCCAUCUCCUACAGAGGGCAGUGGGAUGUAUCCUGGGCUGGGGACGUUGCAGGGAGGUGUGGGGCUUGUGGACAAUGCACUAGAAGGAAGGAACAGGGGACAAGACCAAAUUUUGGACCCUGCUUUUAGAAGUUGAGAAGAGCCCUACGUACUGCAAGUGUUAGCACAAGGAGCCAGUCCCACCUUACCUACCUGCUUCUUACCUCCAACCAACCAAAGAGCUGAUUACACAAUUUACCGUUCACUUUGGAAUCAGCUAUUUAGGUGUCAGCAGGAAAGCAAAGCAGAAGGUAAUUAAGCACAUUCAUAAAAUUUGGUCACCUAAGAUAACUAGAAAAAUGGUGAUGAUAUGUGAGGUCUCUUCACAUUGCCUCUAUUUUAACAGGUACCCUGGCCCUGCUUUGUUUUCACACUGUGCCUCCCUGGUCUGUGCUAGUAAUGUCUUGCUGUAUUACUAUCAGGUUCACUUACUGCAUCUAUGCAAACAGAUCCUCCAUCAUAUAUGUUUUUCUUCUAGAACUUUUAUAUUGAUUUUUUAAAAAUUGCUAGUAAUUAUUGCAACACUCCUUUUGCCUUAAGCACAUUGUAAAAUGUUUCCUUCUGUUCAGUCAGUAAUCUUAUCUUCGAGUGUUCAGGAGGGAAAAGAUCUGCUAUGAAAAAAAAAAAAAAUACCUGUGUGAUUUUGAAGAGAUUUUCUCUACUGUAUAGACAUAGAGGAAUAACCCCUACUCCUGUCCCAUGUCCCCUUCUUCUGGUCCUGAACUAUGCAACCCCCUUUUUUUCCCCUGACCCUGAGAAAGCUGUAAUACCAACUCAUACACUGUGAGUAUUUCUGCUUAUCCUGUUGUGAAAGAAUAGCUUUACAAGAGUAGCUCUCUGAAAAGGCAGCUGUGCUACUCACCUGUGUACACCACUUAGGUAUGUCAGUGAUGUCUAGGCUGGGGCCUGAUGCUAAAGGACCAAAAAACCCAGCUGCAUUAUAAAGUUCUGCCUUGAGCCUUGUGCAAGGGGACUUCAACAUUCUUCAGAUAAGAAUGCUAUCAUGACACUAAAUGUUUGAAGUAGCUAUGAAAUAAUCAGGUGGUUUUAUGUGUAACUUUUUCCUGAGUAUUAUUCACAAAUUACAGCAUAGAAGUCUGUCUUACAGCAAUGUAAUAUAUAUAUCUGUCUCCAAAUAAAUAUUAAAAACCUGACAACUCAAGAGACAAAACCAUAGUGAGUUAAAAGGUCUUUUGUGUUUGUGUCUUUUUAAUCUGUAUUUUUAUUUCUCUGGUGAGUCUAUUGUACUUCCUAAUUUUCCUUCUUGCAUAGUAACUUAACAGACUAUUUCAGAGUCAAUUGUGUUAUCCAAUAAAAGCCAAAGUGAUGAAGAAUUUUCGUAUGCAUGCACUAUGGCAGAAUCUCCUUGUCCUGUAACUGCCCAACUCUACAAUGUUACUUCUGUAAUAUAUAGUCUUUAUGUAAUAAAGAGCAUAAUGACAUGGC